ACUGAAUCCAAGAUGGACCAACAUCAUUCGUAUUCAAGAUGGAUUAAUCGAACAUGGAUGCGAGUAUUCUCAAUAUAGUCCUCGCUAUAUCGCGUGAGAGGUUCUCUCUGGAAAUACCUGUCACCAGUUUUCACACAAAAUAUAAGCAAAACGAACCAUCGUCAUUAACGCACGGCACGAAGAUACGUUACUAUCAUACAUUACAGGUUACUAAGCGCGUUUAUUGUCAGCCUUAUUAUUACGAGCGACAACGUGAGAUGCUUUCGACCGAGCGAGGUCGAAAGACGCGCGAUCGAUCGGAGCUCGGAGCCAGGCGUCGCGCGCGUUUUAAUUUCCAUCCUGGCACCUCCUGGACUCCUCCAAUUUCCGGUCCAUUGGUGUGAGAGGAAGCGCGGAAGCGCGGACGCGCGAGGAAGCGCGAGAGCCGCGUCCAACGUCCCGUACCGACGAGAUAAUAAUUCAUAACGCCGGCAAA